CCUAAGCGUAAACUUACACCUAAACAGCACCGCUUUCAAGAUGCCAGAGCACUGUGCGGCGUAUUCCUGUGCAAAUCGCCGUACAGUUGCCAGCAGGGCUCAGGGGAUUACUUUUCACAGGUUUCCCAAAGACAAAUAUGUGAGGAAGAAGUGGGAAGUGGCAUUGAAGAGAGAUGGAUUCACUGCGAGUGAUUCAUCCGUGGUCUGCAGUGAGCAUUUUAAGCAGGAAGAUUUCGACAGGACAGGACAGGUUGUCCGACUCAGAGAUGGUGUUAUUCCCUCCAUCUUCAGCUUCCCAGUUCACCUCCAAAGACCGGAAAAGGGCAGGACAACAUCUACCUCCAGAAAGGCUGACGAGAGCCUGUCUGUGGCCCCUCAGGAUGACCCAGAGGCUUCAACCUCACACUCACAAUCUCAGCAUGAUGAUGAUCAUAUCUAUGCCUUGCCUGCUUCUCCUAACGCUCUAAAGGCCAGACUGAAUGAAGCCUUAGAGAGAGUUGAAAGUCUGGAGCGAGAAAAGAGGAACGCCAUGGCCAGAGAGAAGAGGGCAAAGACCUCAGUAAAUAGUCUUUUAGGAGAAUUGAGGGAAAAGAACCUCAUUAAUGAAGAGCUCAAAGAGAGACUUGAGUUCUAUUCAGAUCUUAAACUAGACUUCAUGGCAAAGCAGGGUCAUGAAUACGCAAAGGAGCACCGAGAGUUUGCCCUCACUCUCCAUCUUCAUAGUCCAAAGGCAUACAAAUACCUUCGAGAGACUAUGAACUUCCCCCUCCCUCAUCCACAUACAUUACAAAGAAAGGGCGGCAUGGUCCCUGCCUCCCGUGAGUCGAGCUCAUUCUUGGUAGCUGCAGCCAAUCAGUGCCCGUAUCGCUACCAAGAAUCUACCAAGAAUGGGAGGCGGCGGCCAAUCGCCGCCCGUAUCGCUACCAAGAAUCCUACCAAGAAUUGA